UUGUUAUCGGGUUUCUUCCUAGCUCUCCCAAGCUUCAAUUUCGUGAUUCCCUCCUAUAGUUUAUUCCACUCGCUCUCUCUUAUCAGUCUUUAGAACUCAUACCUCGCACCUCCCAUCAAAGUAAAAAUCGUUCAAUUCACAAGCAAUUUCAGUGGGAACUUAUUCUAAUGGCGGAGCAGAAAACUGAGGAAGCAACACACCCAUUUAAGAAUCUAUGCAGCAGAGAAUACCAGGGUCACAAAAAGAAGGUGCAUUCAGUGGCUUGGAAUUGUACGGGGACGAAGCUCGCUUCAGGAUCGGUUGAUCAAACGGCUCGAGUUUGGCACAUUGAACCUCAUAGUCAUGGCAAGGCAAAAGAUACUGAAUUUAAGGGGCACACUGAUAGUGUGGACCAGCUCUGUUGGGAUCCCAAACACGCAGAUCUACUUGCAACAGCAUCAGGGGAUAAAACAGUUCGUUUGUGGGAUGUUCGUAGUGGGAAGUGCACACAGCAAGCAGAACUUAGUGGUGAAAAUAUCAACAUUACAUAUAAACCUGAUGGGGCACACAUUGCUGUUGGAAACAGGGAUGAUGAACUAACAAUUCUGGAUGUUAGAAAAUUUAAGCCGAUUCACAGGCGCAAGUUCAAUUAUGAGGUAAAUGAGAUUGCAUGGGACAUGACUGGAGAGAAGUUCUUUCUGACAACUGGAAAUGGUACUGUCGAAGUCCUUGCAUACCCCUCGUUGAAGGCACUUGACACCCUUACCGCUCACACUGCUGGUUGUUAUUGCAUUGCAAUUGAUCCACUAGGAAGAUAUUUUGCUGUUGGAAGCGCCGACUCGUUGGUCAGUCUUUGGGACAUUAAAGAGAUGCUAUGUGUACGAACGUUUGUGAAACUCGAAUGGCCUGUCCGAACAAUAAGUUUCAAUCACACUGGAGAGUAUAUUGCUUCAGCCAGUGAAGAUUUAUUUAUUGAUAUAUCAAGUAUUGAAACUGGACGAUCCACCCACCAAAUACCUUGUCGGGCAGCAAUGAAUAGUGUUGAAUGGAAUCCCAAGUCCAACUUGCUUGCAUAUGCUGGAGAUGACAAAAACAAAUACCAAACAGAUGAAGGUGUUUUCCGCAUAUUUGGUUUCCAGAAUGCUUAGUGUUUUGCAGAUACGAGACACUGUUAGUUCAUCAAUCAAGUAAUGUAUUGACUACCAAAGUUGUCUAGGAUUAUAUGAAAAGAUAAAACAGGAGCUGUCGACGUGGUGGUCUGAGAUCUUGCGGUAGAGGUGGCAAAUGGAUACUCGGUCAGAGUAAGGUCGUAUACAGUUAUAAUUCUGUUUUUCAGGUCUGGUUCAUUGUGGAAUGUAUCAACUAUGAGUAGUUUAUUUUAUGAUCAAUCAAUUUUAGUUGUUCUAUUAGUUCCUGUAUUGAAUAAUACUUAGUACUAUAUACAACAUAGGAAAAUUUGGUAAUAUUAAUCCAACCUUUGGCCGAUUUUCUUUUAUUAA